CCCGCCCCCGGCCAUGCCCCGCCCUACCUGCGCUGGGUAACGUUCCUCUCUUUCCAGGAGCUGACCUUCCUGACCAAGCAGGAGAUCUUGCUCGCCCUCAAGAGAUUCAGCGAGCUGCUGCCCAAGGAGGAGAGGGAGGACAUCCUGCAGACAAGAGUCCCCGCGAGCAAGAUGCUCACACUGCCUGAGCUGAGGGCAAACCCCUUCCAGCACCGGAUCUGCUGGGUCUUCUCCACCUCGGAGGCUCAGGAUAGCAGCAUGUCCUUCGAAGACUUCCUCGACAUGCUGAGCGUCUUCAGCGACUCAGCCACGGCAGAGAUCAAAUCCCACUACGCCUUCCGCAUCUUCGAUUUUGAUGAUGAUGGGACCCUGGGCCAGAAGGACCUGGAGAAGCUAGUGAACUGCCUGACGGGGGAAGGGGAUGAGACCAGGCUGAGUGAUUCAGAGAUGGACCAGCUCAUCCAGAACAUCCUGGAGGAAUCUGACAUCGACAAGGAUGGGACCAUUAACCUCUCUGAGUUCCAGCAUGUCAUUUCGCGCUCCCCAGACUUCGCCAGUUCCUUUAAGAUCGUGCUGUGAUGCAGCACAUCCCUUCCAGCGAAGCCGUCCCGUGGCCUGUCUCUCCCAAGCCGGCUGCACAUCUCUGCACGGUGGCUGGAUCCUGCCUCUUCUGACCAAGCCAGGACUAGAUGAGUGACUGCAGGCUGGUGCUAGGAGCGCUCCGUCCACAGUGCCUUAUGGCCCCUAGGGCCAGGCCUCUCCUGUGCAGCGGGGGGGUCACAAGGUCCUGUGGUGCCAGGGGCCUUGUGCUUCCAGGUCCCAGCCACUCCCGGCUCAGAGCAGGGGCUGCUAGGACCUCCAGUCCCCAUGGGGCCAUGUUUGCAGCUGCUUACUCCUAUGCAACCCAGGUUCCCUGGGCCUAACCUGGACACCCUGAGCUGGAGAAGGGAACUCCUGCUGGGGCCUGCAAUAAUCCAGGGCUCCCUCCUGAACCUCCCUGUGCCUUCCACUAGCAGACUGGUGGCUGGGACUCCAGCAAGGAGCCCCUGAGGAUGCUGAGGGCCUGGCUGGCCCCAUGCCCUGCUGCAGGCUCCAGGGCGGCAGCAAACCUGGCUUGUUUUUCUAUGCAAUGAUGCACCUUACACUGCUGCAGCCUACAGCUCCGCCCAGGGCCCGCCUGAAGGGCCCUGCAGAGCCAUCUGUGCGGUCUGGGAGGGGGUGUCCUGGCGUGGCCCAUGGCCUUCCCAGGAUUGGCAGCAGGCAGGGCCACAGCUGACAACUCUGGACUUGUACAACUUCCACCUGUGCCCCUUCUAGUCUGCCCCUGCCUCUGCUCUGCCUGUCUCCCAUUAGCCAGGCUGCCUGGCAGGGGCCUCUCCCGGUAGCCCGUAGACGCAGGCUGGGGGAAGGCAGCAGGUCCACUCUCCUAUCCAACUGGCAGCACUUGGGUGCUUGUGCCUGGGGUGGGAGCUAAAACUCAGGGUAUCAUGAAUUUCUUGCUUCCUACUUUUCUUACCACUCAAGGCAGCUGCUGGGCAAGUGAAUAAAGAGCUGGAGUCUUA